CACGCCCCUGCAUGGGAAGGAGAUUCCUGGGCAGAUGGCUCUGUCAUCAACAAAGUCUGAACGAGAUGCACAGCUGGGAGCUGCAGCAGACCGGAACGAAGGAGUCCCCAUCCUCGACCCAACCACGAUCCCCCGGAUGGAGCGAGGGGAAGAGCCCAGGGUCCCAGAUCUCCAGAGCUCUGAGGGGAGGAAGAUCCCAAGAGGUGCCGGUGCAGUAGGUGCCGGGACAGCCAGUGAGAAUGGGGAGGAGAAUCCCCAUCACGAAGGGCCUGCAGAACAAGAGCAACAUGGGACGUCCUGGAGCCCCGAGCAGGGAGAUGUCGGUGAGGCAGGACGGCAGCAAGGAGACCUUAUGAGGGAGAGCUCUGCUGAACAGGAAGGAGAUCCCUGGCAGCUCCAAGACUUCUCUGGCUGUCAGGAGGAGAGACUGGCCAUAUGUGGGCAGUGUGGGGAGAGCAUCUCUCAAUACAAAGACCUCACUGAGCACCAGAGAUCCCAUAGAAGGGAGAGACCCCAUCAAUGCCCUGACUGCGGGAAGGGUUUCACCUGCAGCUCCCACCUCCUCCAGCACCAGCGCACCCACACUGGCGAGAGACCCUUCCAGUGCCCCGACUGCGGGAAGGGCUUUGGGGUCAGCUCCCACCUUGUUGUCCACCAACGGGUCCACACAGGGGAGCGCCCCUACAAAUGCCCCAGCUGCGGGAAGGGCUUUAGCCAGAGCUCCCACCUGGCCAAGCACCAGCGCACCCACACUGGGGAGCGGCCCUACAGGUGUGCAGCCUGUGGGAAGAGCUUUGGGGACAGCUCCUACCUGAUUCAGCACCAGUACACCCACACCGGGGAAAGCCCUGGCCUGGCUGGUGGGAUGGGUGCGGAGGAGAGGCCUUACCCAUGUCCCCAGUGCGGGAAGAGCUUUGGCACCAAGCUGGCCCUGAGCCGGCACCAGAAGGUGCACAGCGAGGAGCGGCCCUAUGAGUGCGCUGAAUGCGGGAAGAGUUUCAAGCUAAGCCGGCUGCUUAUUCAACACCAGCGGAUCCACACUGGGGAGCGGCCCUACCGAUGCCCCGACUGCGGGCAAAACUUCGGCCGCAGCUCCCACCUCCGCUCGCACCAGCACAUCCACACCGGCGAGAAACCCCACCCUUGCCCUGACUGCGGGAAGGGCUUCAGCCACGGCUUCCAGCUGGCUCAGCACCGGCGUGUCCACACGGGAGAGCGUCCCUACGGGUGCCCUGACUGCGGGCGCAGCUUCAGCCACCGCUCCACCCUCAUCAAGCACCAGCGCACCCACACCGGGGAGCGGCCCUACCACUGUGCCCAGUGUGGCAAGGACUUCAACUGGAGCUCGGCGUUCAUCAAGCACCGCCGGACCCACUCGGAGGAGCGGCCCUUCCGCUGCGCGGACUGCGGGAAGGGCUUCCGUGAGAGCUGCACCCUCAUCCAGCACCAGAAGAUCCACUCGGAAGAGAAACCCUACAAAUGCAACCAGUGUGGGAAGAGCUACAGCCUGAGCACCCAGUUCCUGCGGCACCAGCGGACCCACGUCCGUGAAAAACCCUUCAAGUGCGAUGAGUGCGGGAAGAGCUUCGUGGACAGCUCAGCCCUGCUCACGCACCGGCGUGUCCACACUGGGGAGCGGCCCUACCGCUGUGCCGACUGUGGCCGGAGCUUCAGCCGCAGCUCCAACCUGAUCCGGCACCAGCGCACCCACCGGGGACUGCGGCCCCACCAGUGCCCCGACUGUGGAAAGAGCUUUGUUGAGGCCUCCUGCUUCCUGCAGCACCGGCACUCCCAUGCAGGUGAGCGCCCCUACCUCUGCCCUGACUGCGGGAAGAGCUUCCGCCACCGCUCCAUCCUCCUGGCCCACCGCCGCACCCACCUGGGGGAGCGGCCCUACACCUGCUCUGAUUGUGGGAGGAGCUUCCACCAGAGCUCCCAGCUCUCCGCCCACUGCCGGGCUCACCUGGGCAUCAGGCCCUUCCAGUGCCCUGACUGUGAGAAGAGCUUCUUGGACAGUUCCUCUCUGAUCAUCCACCAGCGCAUCCACACCGGAGAGAAACCCUACAGGUGCCCUGAGUGUGGGCGCAGCUUCAGCCGCAGCUCCAACCUCCUCCGGCAUCAGCGCAUCCAUGCCAGGGACCAGCCCUUCAAGUGCCCCCAGUGCUGGAGGAGCUUCCGGGAUGGCUCGGGUCUGGCUCAGCACGAGGGGUCCCACCUGAAAGCUAAGACGUACCAGUGCACCCAGUGUGGGAAAGGUUUCAGCCAGAGUGCCACCCUCAUUAGACAUCAGAGAAUUCACACCGGGGAGCGGCCCUACACCUGCUCUGAGUGCGGGAAGAGCUUCAGCCAGAGCUCCACCCUCUUCCGACACCGGAGGAUCCACACAGGCGAAAGGCCCUACAAGUGUCCCCAGUGUGGGAAAAGCUUCAUCGAGAGCUCAGCCCUGAUCCAGCAUCAGAGAAGUCACAUGUGACAGAGGCUACUAGGGGAGUGCAUCCGUUGGAAGUCAACCAUUGGCCAGUAUCAGAGUGGUGCUGGUAGGAGCAGGUGCCUAGAAUAUCAUGGAUUAAUUGGUGGGAGGAAACAUCAACCAUUGGCCAAUGUCAGUGUGGUAUUGGCAUGACAGCAUGGCUGGAACAUCAUAGAUUAUUUGGCUGGAGGAGAGGAUCAACUAUUGACCAAUAUCACCAUGGUGUUGUUGUGCAUUUGUGUCUGGAAUAUCAUAGAUCAUCAGAUGGAUGAGAAUGUCAACAACUGGCCAAUGUCAACAUGGCUUUGGUGUGAGAAGUGUGUCUGAAUUAUCAUAAAUUAAUCAACCACAGGAGAUCAACCAUUGGCCAAUGUCAGCAUGGUUUUGGUGUGAGUAUGUGGCUGGAUUAUUGUAGAUAAAUCAACCCAAGGCAAAGAUCAACCAUUGGCUAAUGUCAACGUGGUUUUGAUGCGAGAAUGUGGCUGGACUGUCAUAGAUAAAUUGACUGGAAUUUUCAAAUGACCCUAAUGGUGCAACCAGAUUCGAAAUCCCCCCUUGGAAAUCCCAACCAUAGGUGUGAAAGGCCAGAAAGAACCAUUACUGUCACCCAGCCUGUCCUUGUGCCUAGCACAAUGAUAUACUGACGUUCAGGAGGUGCGGAGUCUUCUCAAUGUGCCUAGGAAUCCUUGGUGUGGACCAAAACCCCAUGGUGCUUGGUGCUGUACAAAGGCGGAACAAGACGUCAUUUCCUGCCCCAGAAACCAUACAAUCUAAGUCCAAAACAAGAGACCACCGAUGGAUACAGAUGGAAUGAUUUUGGAGUACAAGGAAACAAUGGGACAGUACUGGUCAGAGUGACUGACUGUGGUUUCAGCACCAGCAGUCUCACCCCUGUCAAGUUUUUGGUAGGACUGAUGGCAUAGGAGGGAUUUGAAGGAGGAGGAUGUUUAAGGGGGGGCCCCCUCCCCGGCAUGAGAGUUCAGCAUGGGAGAAAGCACAAAGGGGUUGGUUGGAAAAUGUUAAUCCAAUCUGGACUGAACAAUGGUCAGUGAUGGAGAGUCCACCACGACCCUUGGAGAGUUGUUCUUAUGCUUAAUUAUGAUCCUCACAAAACUUUGCCCCUUAGUUCCAGUCUGAAUUUGUCUAGCUUCAACCUCCAGCCAUUAGAUUUUGUUAUGCAAUGUAACUGUAUCAGUUAAAAAAAAAAAAAUCACACCCUGACCAACAAACUGCUAGUAAAAGACCUAUUGGGGAGACAGUAAUACUGGUGAUAAAGGCCUGCUGUAAGGUGACCAAAUGUCCUGAUUUUAUAGGGACAGUCCCAAUUUUGGAGUCUUUUUCUUAUACAGGCUCCUAUUACCCCCCAUUCCCUGUCCUGAUUUUUCACACUUGCUGUCUGGUCACCCAUGUCUGUUGUUGGAAUAGCUUAUUCUGUCCGGGGAAAUGAUAUAAGUAAAGCUAAAAUAACUCUUUUGGUGGUAUAAGCUAUGUCUCCACUAGGGGGCUUGCUAAUAUAACUAUCCUGCUAUAACAGGUGUUCUCAAACUUUUUUUGCUGGGACGGGGACCCCCUUUGAAAAUACUUCAGGCUGUGAUGACCUCCCCCCAAAAAGCGAUGCCGCGCUCAUGCCAUCCUUACUUCUGCGCUGCUGCUGGCAACAGCGCUGCCUUCAGAGCUGGGCGCCAGGCCUGCAGCCACUGCUCUCGCAACCCCCCUACAAUAGUCUUGUGGUCUCCUUUUGGGCCAGGAGCCCCCAAUUUGAGAAACUCUGUGCUAUAAACUAUACAUUUCCCAAACCCAAAGAAAAGCUCUGUGUAAGUGCGUCUAUCUUACCAGCAGAAGUUGGUCCAUUAAAAGAUAUUACAGUACCUCA